GGGCACUAAUGGACCACAUUUCCCAUGAUGCCUUUCGGCUGUGACGAACAGACCGGGAGGAGCUUUCGUAUUGUUUUUUUUUUUACUCUCCAUAUUUUUUUUAUUUACCAUAGUUAUUUAUUGAUUUGAUUUCGUGCAGCAGGAGCAGAGUGUGACGGCGUCGGGAUGCUGAGCGAGCUGGUCUGGACUCACGGGGACAGUAGGAGACAGAUUUAAUAUUCAUACACGCGCAGCAGAGCAGCACAAUAGGACAGCGCGAACAAAAGGCACGUUUAUCCGUUACGCUGUGCUCGGUCAGUCAGCGGCCGUGCGGGAGGCAUAAGCGCUGGACACUGGCCUCGGGCUCACAGAGGGGCAUCGGCAGGGCUCGUGUGAUCAUGGGUGCUGGUGUUUAAACGAGUCGCUCGUGUAAACCCGUGAGAACAGCAGGAAAGCCGAGCGGAGGAACAAGGAAGCGCUCUCUCUCACGGUGUCCAUCUGUCGCCAGAAAACACCUCUAAUGCUCGGUCAAGGAGAAUGCGACUCCACGCGAGCAGGUGAGUCGUGUGUCUGUGACCGUGUGCGCUCAGCUUCGCCAGAUCGGGACGGUUCGUGAAGCCCUGCUAAGUGCUGCUAACCCUGCUAGCCCGUGCUAGCUGCUGCUUCCGGCGGCUCUGCGGCGCUUCCGCUGCUGCAUCGCUGCGCGUUGGGCUCCAGAUCAGAUGCGUGUCUGGAGCCGAGGCGACUAACUGCUGCUGGCUAGCUGUAGAUACACAGCACCUGUAAACACGUUGAAUGCAGAGGGGAUGUCUGGCAGUAAGGUGCUGGGGGGGGCGCGGCGGCGGCGGACACGGUGCCGGCGCUGUCAGGCGUGUCUGCGGACCGAGUGCGGCGAGUGCCACUUCUGCAAGGACAUGAAGAAGUUCGGUGGACCGGGCCGGAUGAAGCAGUCCUGUCUGCUGCGGCAGUGCACUGCACCGGUGUUGCCGCACACAGCCGUGUGUUUUGCAUGCGGUGAAGCAGGGAAGGAGGACACGGUGGAGUCGGAGGAGGAGAAGUUCAGCCUCUCGCUCAUGGAGUGCACCAUCUGCAACGAGAUCAUCCACCCCAGCUGCCUCAAGAUGGGCAAGUCUGAAGGCAUUAUUAAUGAUGAGAUUCCAAACUGCUGGGAAUGUCCAAAGUGCCACAAGGAGGGAAAGACCAGUAAGGAUCAAGGAGAUGGUUUGGGGAAGAGGCGCAUGGACAAUGGGGAGGUGAGUCGCUGGAAGCUGACGGAUGAGCCGCCUCCCAGUAAGAAGAAGAGCCUGUCUCUGGAAGACGGAGCCAGACGCAAGAAGGACAAGGAGCUUCCCCAGGAGAGCGGCUCCAGAAAGAAGAUCAAAGCUGCCCGCGAUAAACACCUGAAGAAGCAGAAAGCCAAACCCAACUCCUCGGAUUCUUCUGAAGCGAACGGGCCGAACUCUUCUCUGGGUGGUGGACACGGCUCUGCUGGAGGCUCCGGCGCGGCGCAGCCCUCGACCCCGAGCCAGGACCAGCGCUCGCAUCACCGCGAGAAGCUGGAGCGCUUUAAACGCAUGUGUCAGCUCCUGGAGCGAGUGCGCGACUCCAGCUCCUCAUCCUCUUCCAGCUCCGAAAGCGGCUCGGAGUCAGACUCGGACUCUCCGUCUCCUGCCGCCGCCUCAGAACCUCCCUCUCCAGCUGCUGUGUACAGUGGCAGCAUGCGAGACCGGAACCGGCGUCUGGCCGAGCUGGGCUUCAGUGCCAGUGAGGAUUCUGACGGCGAGAGCGCAGCAGCAGACAGAGGAGAGGUGAAUGCCCGGGUGCGUAGAGUGGUGGUGGACGCUGAAGCAGAUGACGAUGAGGACAGAGCAGGGGAUCGGGGUCACAGGGUCAGUGCCGCGGACCCGUCCUCACCGCUGUCCGCUACACAGCUGCCGCCCUUCGGACACGGACACUUAGCAGGCCUGUCCUCAUCCAAGCGCACUAACGGCCAGGACACUCGCAACGGCCGCACGCGAGUGGCUGGCAGAGAGCUGCAGGAGAAGGAGAACUCCAGCAGCAGUACUGUCACCAAUCACCGGCACGCUGCUGUAAAGACUGCUCGUGGUAGCAGAAUGCGAGGAGGAAGCCGGCAGGGCCAGAGCAUUCCCUCAAGCAAGAGCACAGGUACAGCAGCAGCCGGCUCUGGGACUGCGAACGGAAAAAGUGGCACCUCUAACCCGGGGAGCGUGUCUCUGGCUCCGCAUCGCUCGCAGCUGGUGAAGAGGAGUGCUGUGGCCGUGCCCUCGCCGCCGCGGCCGCUGCAGAUGGAGCGACACCUGGUGCGACCCCCACCGGCCUGCCCUGAGCCACACUGCCUGCCGCUGGACAGCGGAGCCUCACACGUGCUGCCCCGGGACGUCUGGCUCCACGUCUUCCAGCACCUCAGUCAGCCGCAGCUGUGUGUCUGCAUGCGUGUGUGCCGCACCUGGAGCCGCUGGUGCUGUGAUAAGAGGUUAUGGACUCAGAUCGAUCUGAGCCGCCAGCGCUCCAUAACUCCUCCCAUGCUGAGCAGUAUAAUCCGUCGACAGCCUGUGUCUCUCAACCUGGGCUACACCAACAUCUCCAAGAAACAGCUCAUGUGGCUCAUUAACCGUCUGCAAGGGCUGCUGGAGCUGAACGUGGCGGGCUGCUCGUGGUCCUCGGUCUCAGCGCUCUGUCAGUCGGUGUGUCCCUGUCUGUGGCUGCUGGACCUCAGCUGGGUGGAGGAUCUGAAAGACUCGCAUCUGAGGGAGCUGCUGGCCCCGCCGAGCAACGACACACGCUCAGCUCACGGAGAGAACCGCGGCGGGCGAUUCCAGAACGUGACGGAGCUGCGUCUGGCGGGCCUGGAGGUGACUGACGCCGUGUCGCGCCUGCUAGUGCGCUAUCUUCCUCACCUGAGCAAGCUGGACCUCAGUCAGUGCUGCCACAUCACAGACCAGAGCAUCCACACGCUGACCUCUGCCCUAUCCCCGCUGAGAGAGAGCCUCACGCACGUCAGCCUGGCAGGCUGCGUGAAGGUGACGGAGCAGUGUCUGCCGCUGCUGCGCCGCUGUGCCUCGCUGCAGAGUGUGGACCUGCGCUCCUGCGGCCUGCUUGCUCCAGACGUCUGCCAGCUGCACUGCUUCCCCUCGGCCGAAGACAGACUUCUGCUCAAGAACAGCUAAACUCCUGCCCACAACAACACUACCGCAAGAGACUUGCAGCACAGCAUCAGAGGAAACAGCAUUUCUAAAUCACAGACACUUGGCUGUUUUUUGUUCUGUUCUUUUUUUUUUUCCGGAUCAUCCAUUUGUGAAUGGAGACAUCAGUUCCACAUAGAUAUCCCGUACCAGUAAUGAGUGUGUGUACAGAUUAGUAGUUUGCUGUAAAUGACCCCUCCUGACCCCAGCACUGAACACUGCGUGCAAGACGAUGCCGAAUGUAUGCUACUGUGGGGAGGUCAUCUCAAACACAGCCAUGCUAGUCAGGAGAAGGGUUCACCCCCGAAUCAAAACAGAUUUGAGUUGUUUGGUCUUUUUUAGCAUAAAUAAAAUAAAGGCCACUUUGGGACCAUUAAGACUUUUUCUGCAUUAUGACAUGAUUUCAUUCCCGGUAGGCACAUUUAACCCCCAAGUCCUUAUGACUAUAAAAACAGUAAUCUUCAACAACAUUUGACAUCAGAUUUGAGUCCUCGCUGUUGUCAGAGGUGAUUGUCAUGAGGUUCAGAAUCAGGAGGAAAAGUGCUUAAUUCGUCCUAAAAUCAGGCUUGGCUUUGGUUUUGGGGUGACUUGUCCCAGACGUGUUUUACGUGUUUCUUGAGACUCGCUCAUCGUGAUGGAUCAGUGUGUGUGAACAGUGAUAAGGGUUGGGCAAUGGCCUCUGAUGAUGUGCUCGGUGUUCCCUUCUCUUCACUCACUCACGGCCUUGACCUUGUGCCAUACACUGACCGUCCUCAGUCCUUCCCCUCUUCAUUUCUGCUCUCGUCCUGAAGGACACGGAUCUCAGCACCAGCGGCACACUUCUGGAAGCCUCGCAGAAUUCGCUAGGCUUGAGUAGCUGCUCUGAGCUGCUGUCUGUACCUGUGCUGUCACGCUGUGCUCAGCUCUGUCUUAUAUAAUGCUGCUGUAGAUUCCUGCAAGUCUGGGAAGGUUUUCACUGAAUGUGAGGAUUGAACUGCGUGAGGUUCGGCUAGUGCUGAUCACAUAUGGCUUGGAUUGGUUUGCUGUCGUUCAGUCAGGACAUUACAGCUGCUCACCUUUAAACCCGGCACGGUUUGAACCCAAAUAUGCCUCCCAUCAGCAAUGGAGAAAAGUCUCUCUGUUAGGGAACGGUGAGGAAAAAUGCUCUGUGGCCAAUUAGUUUGAAAACGUAUUCGAGAAUGAAACGAUUGGUGUUUCCGUCCGUAUUCAGUGUUAUCACUCAAAAGACUAACCACACACAUUCUGCAUUCGCAUUCUUACGUCUGAGACGCUUCUCACCUGUUUUUUGUUAACAGUUGUUUUUCUCUGAACAAGCAGCUUUGAGCAGGAAGGGUCUUGAACAGUCGUGACUCGUGUUCUGGACUGAUGUCGCCGUCAUCACUUCCAUCUUCUCUGUUGAACUAUUGAACGAGCUCUUACCAGGGACCCUCCAAAACUACUUUUCUCCAAUCUUUCGCUGAGCUCUGCAGCUGCUUCCUUCCAGAAUACCAUGCAUGUUGACACCUUUCACUGACUGUAUUCCUUGCACACUUAUAUUCAGUAUUGGGUCCAAUACAUGGCAGUUUAAAGCGUUUGAUGGCAGUAGACAAACAGCAUCCCUUAAAAGUGACCUCGACAAUGUAGUUGCAAUGUUUUUUUUUAUGUUGUUGUUUUUAGAUUUCAUGUUCAGUGCGGUUUGCAUUUAAAAGACGUUCUUGCACAUUGGGAAAUACCUGUGCGCAGUUUAUAGUUACAUAUCAAACACUGAGUUGUUGAUCAUCAGGUUGCAGGUUUUCUGGAAUCGGCACGAAGAAUUCAAGUUGAAGUACUUGAAUAGGUUUUCAACUCGGUUCAUCUUUCAUCCGACCAUGUUUUUUUUGCAGAUUUAUAGCCCACGAAACUGAAUUGCCAUGUAUGAACCAAACAUUCACCCUGUUGAAUGCACAGGGCUGAAAUCAUGUUAUUAUAAUAUCUUGCCAAAAUUUCCUGUUUUGGGUGUUCAUAUAUAAAUAUAUAUAUUUCUUCCUUUGCAUUGAUCCAUGUGAUAGAAUAUUUGAAACAAUGGGGAAAAAGAAAAACAAGGCAGCUACUGUAAGAGUGACUACUGUAAAAUGUCUAAUUAAAUAAAGACAAUGGGGGUUGUUUUUA